AGUUGCUGGGAAACCACAGUUAUGAGUUUUCUAACUCUCAGCUUCCUCUAGUCUCGCCUGAACAUGCUCCUGGUCGCUGAUGUUUUCAUCGUGGAUUUUUACCUUCUGCUUUUACUGGACUUUGGUUCGCGGUGGCCUCCAUCUGAUUGGUUCGUCUCAGCCAAUCGUAGCUGCUCCUGGAGAUGACGUCGUCCUCCCGUGUCGGGUGGAUCCUGAGUGGGAGGCCGUGGGGAAGACGGUGGAGUGGUCCCGACCGGACCUGAGGCCGUCCGGCCCUCAGAAGCGUGUGGAGUACGUGUUCGUGUACCGCUUCAGGAAGACGGACCGAGACAUGAUGAUGGACACGUACAUCCAGAGGACGUCUCUGUCCCAGGACGGCCUGAGGCGAGGAGACGUGUCUCUGACCAUCAGGAACGUCAGCCUGCAGGACCACGGCAGGUUCCGAUGUUUCAUCCCACGCCUCAGGAUAGAAGCACAACUUCUGCUUGUUGUUGAUCCAAACUUUGUUUCAACAACGACAACAGAGUCGGUUCAUCCCAGAAACCUCAUCAGUCCGACGCCACAGGAGGAAACCGUGACGAACGGUCAUUUUACCAGAUUCCAUCUUUGCCUAAUUGUUUUUUCAUUCGUCAUCAUUUGUCUGGGUCCGGUUUCCUUUUGCGUCGCAAGGAAAUCCAAACAAAUACAGGAAGUCAAACCAGACUGUGGUCUCCAUGGAGACCACAGUCUGGUCCAAAUUUGA